CUCUCAUCCUUUGAGGACUGUCUUGCAGCCUCCCUGGAACCCCCUGACGAGAGGCCCCGCCCCCACCCCCGCGCCGGAGCUCUCUGGCUGGGCUCAAACUUUCAGUCCUCCUGCCUCAGCCUCCCAGGCUGCUGAGAUGACAGGUGUGUACCACCGGGCCAGCUGAUGUCCAGUUUUUUGUGUGACCCUCAACAUCUCUUUGGGAGCACAAACUGGGAAGACUCACCCCUUUCACAGUUCUGGGAACCAUGAAGCUGAACAAGAGGAGUGUGGCCCACUACGCCCUGAGUGACUCCCCAGCAGACCAUAUGGGCUUCCUGCGUACCUGGGGGGCCCCAGGGACGCCCCCUACCCCCAGCGGCACUGGCAGAAGAUGCUGGUUUGUUCUUAAGGGCAACCUGCUGUUCUCCUUCGAGAGUCGUGAGGCCCGGGCCCCGCUGAGCCUGGUGGUGCUUGAAGGCUGCACGGUGGAGCUGGCCGAGGCUCCGGUACCCGAGGAGUUUGCCUUCGCCAUCCGCUUCAAUGCCCCUGGAGUGCGCCCACACCUGCUGGCUGCAGAUGGACAGGCAGCCCAGGAGGCCUGGGUGAAGGCUCUGUCUCGGGCCAGCUUUGGCUACAUGCGCCUGGUGGUACGUGAGCUGGAGAGCCAACUGCAUGAUGCCCGCAGGAGCCUGGCCUUGCAUCGCAGUAUGUCCCAGAAGGUCGGUGCCAGCCGCCCAAAGUCGCAGGCCUCUGACCACAGAUCUUCAGGCCUGGAAAAUGGUCACUUUCUUCCCAGAGACUGCAGCCCUGUGGGUGCAGGGGAAGGAGGAGGCUGCAGACCAGGAGCACGGGAUCUGCCAGAGUGGGAGUUGCAGGGCCCCACCAGCCUCCUCCUGGGCAGGGGGCAGAGUCCUGUGUCCCCUGAGACCUCCUGCUUCUCUACCCUGCAUGACUGGUAUGGCCAGGAGAUAGUGCAGCUCAGGCAGGAGUGGCAGCAGAGGGACAGGGGCAAUCAAGCGGGAUGCAAGCGACAGGAUGAGCCCUGAGCCUGGGCCCUAUGAGUUCUGGUCAUGUCCUGCUGGUUGGGACACCGGGGCCAAGUCUUCUUCAGGAGUUAAAUGUUUACUCAUUCGCAGGGUUGCUUUGCUGGGGUGGGAUGGGGGCACGUGUGGGGUUGUUCGCUGCCUCUUGCUCUGUAGGCCUCCUCCAGCUUCCUGUCUGUCCUUGUGUGCGGAGAGUGCUGACGAACCAUGACUGCCAACCUCUGUUUCCUGAGACCCAGGGAGGAAGGGUGGCUGUGGGACCCUGCGCUGGACAUCAAGGAAGUGGGCCCACCUUUGACCUGCACAUUGGACCCUAUGACCAUGAUUUCCAACAUAGGGAGUCUUGUGUGCAUUUAAAUUACCAGAGGCUGGCUGUGCAUUAUCUGAGAAAGUGGAUCCAUGUCUGUCAGAGGAGGUCCUGGGGCCAGCUCUUUCUGGGGGUGAGAAGAGUGAGCUGAGACUCCCACUGUAGUUUGGGUAGAGCUCUUGGAGGAGGGGGCCUUCUGUCCAUAAAAAAGAUUCCUUUCAUUUCUCCCACUCUCCCUGGAUGUCCUGACCAUAGAUGGUGCUGGACAUGGCCCAGCAGGGACUGUGAGCUUUCAGAAGCCAACAGAAACCCUUCCUGUCCUGUCCUCCGCUGCCAGCUUUUGUCACUGCCAGGCCAGAAGUUAGGGAGUUGGGGAGGUCGGUGGCUCCCCAAGAAAGGCAGCUUGUUUCCUUGAUUCUCAGUUCUGGGAAUUUUAUAAGUUUGGACACAGGAUUCUCAGUAGCCUAUGGUAAACUCUUCUCUCCCAGCAGGGGUCCCAUAAAAGUGUUCUUACUCCCGAAACUUCAGGGGAAACCUACUGUCUGGGGACCCUGGCCCAGGCCUGUGUCUCUCCAGGUUUACCUGCCAAGAACCCUCACUGAUUCGCCCUAGCACUGUGCCGUGUGUUCUUCUGAGAGGCAAGAAGCUGGAGCCAGCCUCCAGCUGUGGCAGUAAUUGCUGGUGGGAUGAGACUUCCUCUUCCCCCAAACACAAAACCUAGGCCUUUCCUUUGCUUAUUGGGGCCCGAGGCAGCCAGAUGAGGAUCCAAGUAGGCCUAAAACUGAGAUUUCUCCUCAUCACAAGGAGGCUGAAACUGCCCAGGGCCCUGCGCAGGUUCCUGUCCAACCCAACUUCUUUCCCAGUCUUGUAUGGGACCCACAUAAUCCACUGCACUUUAUUUUAUAUGGAUAUUGAAGCCUUUGUUAUCUUUCUUACCG